AUGUAUGCCAAUUCUAAGAAUCCUGUCGGAAAGCCUUCCAGAGGUGAUUUUCAACAAUCUCCCAAUUCUAUCGGAAGGAUUCUUUAUGACAUUCCGUGCAAGGUGUGCAAGGACCACUCCUCAGGCAAGCACUAUGGCAUCUACGCUUGCGACGGCUGUGCGGGAUUUUUCAAGCGGUCAAUUCGACGCAACAGGCAGUACACGUGCAAAUCCCGAAACGGUCAGGAAUCUUGUUGUCGUGUGGAUAAACCGCAUCGCAAUCAGUGCAGAGCCUGUCGACUUAAAAAGUGUCUCGAAGCUGGCAUGAACAGAGACUCUGUUCAACACGAACGUGGUCCACGAAAUUCAACUCUUCGAAGACAGGUGGCAUUGAUGCUUCAAGAACAGGUGCCGCCAAAAUCGCGUCAAGAACCUCCAAUACCACCGCAAUCGCUCUCAUCAUCAUGCAUUCCAUUCCACGUUUCCGACUGGUGCUUUCCCAAACCCUUCUACAACCUCUGCCCAGGCAGUUAUGCACUCUCUCCUCCCUUCACGGAGUCAUUUAAUAUUUUUCUAAGAAGUGGUCUUUCCCUCCCUCCACCCAAUUCUUUUGUACAGUUUCAAGCACCACCACUUCCACCUCCAAUAUCAUCGUCUUCCAGACUUCCACAUGGCAAGGCAUUCUUGUCCAACCUAUUAUCACCACUACCUCUGCCACCGCCAUCACUGCCUCAAGCACUGUCAAAAGCCGAGGCAUUUGGAAUCGACAACCUCCUGAACGAAUCCCCACUAGUACCAGUAACUGGUGCUGAAGAAGAGAGAACUCCUGUAUUCGGUAAAAUUGAACCAAGAAUUCCACCCCAAACAUCCACCACUCCAGAAGAACUCAGCGUAUGUGUCAAAGGCAUUCUACUCUCCACAAUGACGUGGAUCAGCACCAUUCGACCGGAUCGACAACUGCUCCGAAUGUUUCUCCAACCUCCUGUUUAUUCAGCAGCUACUCAACUGACUCCUCGUGAAAUUGCUUGCCUCAUGAGUAUCACAUGGCCAAAGGUCUUCAUCCUAGAAGCCAUUGAGGUCUUUCUGAAGGGUCGGGACGGCGAAAAACUUGUUGCCUUCUUGGUCAGGUUAUGCAACAAUGGAAAUGCCACCGGUUUCAACGCAUCAGAACGAAUUGAAACGCUUGUCAGAGCUCUAACAGCUCUACAACCGUCUGCUGACGAAUUCAGUCUCUUAAAGACGUUUUGCCUAUUCAGUGUGGGGUCCGAUCUCGCGAAUCGAGUAGAAUUUGAACAUCUUUCAUCCCUGUGCGUUCUCCUCCACCAAAACCUUCCAGUCUACAUCCACACAUGCCUUCCAAUUGGUUUGGAGCAGAAGGAGGCCUUCCUACAGUGUCUAACGUUGAUCGAAAGCCUUCCUGAUGUAAUCUCUUGCCUGAUUCGUGGAGCCUUCUUGCAGAUAUUCGACUGCUCUUUCGAGAACUUAGACUAUAUGAUUGAACGGAUGACCUUUGCUGCUGUCGAAGCGGCCAAUCAGGCCACAAUGAAACCAUCCUAA